GUCAGUCCGCCGCGCCGCGACGAUAAAUCCGCUACUUCACAAUCGGUCGAUUUCAUCUUUAAGCCCUUUAAAUGAAAACGAAACCCGGUCACCCUUGAAGUCCCCAGUCGAAAAGACCCUUUUUAAAAACCGUAAGAACUUAGUGGAAUGUGCCAUUCAGUGUCAGUGGCUGAAAAGUGAGAAUUUCAGCGCAUCUAGUUGCCAUAUGAGGAUAAAAUGUUUCAAAAGCUGUAUGUGUAGCGUUUGUGACGUCACAGUGACCAUCACAAACGGCUACCCGAGCCACUGGCAUGCUGCUGCGAUCGCCGCGCAUGGCGAGGGAGUCACCCACCCCCAAAGCAUCGUCAGUGGCCGCCCCGAAUGCUUCUGCCGCCCCCGGUCAAGACUGUCCUGACGCCGCCGCGCUGCCUCCAUCCAGUGUUGCCGCACUGGAUCAGCAGCAUCAUGGCCACGGUGCGCAUGUGCUCGACUACGCUCCUGCGCCUGGGUGGACCGCGCAUGUUCAGCAGGAGACCGGAAGGCUCUACUACUGCAAUCACGUGACACGGACUGCAGGGUGGCUACCACCCGCUGAAGCAUGGAAAACCGGAGAAGAUGACCUGCCUUAUGGAUGGGAGAGGGCUCUCGAUGAUUCUGGACGAACCUAUUACAUUAAUCACAUCAACAAAACAACAACAUACGAGAGCCCGGUAGUGAAGAACCUAGAACCCCCACCUAAACCUGAACCUAGGACAGUCGUUUUAGAACGGUCACCAAGUUUAGGCUUUGGUUUUGUAGCUGGAUCAGAAAAACCUGUUAUCGUUCGAUUUGUUACUGAAGGAGGACCCAGUGUUGAUAAGCUUCUCCCUGGCGACCAAAUCCUCGAAGUAAAUGGAGAAGAUGUCUGCCAAGCCCCACGUGAACACGUGAUCUCAUUGGUCCGCGGUUGCCAGCGAUGCGUCAGGCUGACAGUCUGUCAACCUGCCGAAUCUCAGGGUGGCGGGCUAAGGAAAUCCACGUUGUUGUCGGCAGGCAAAAGGGCCAGGUUGAGGACGAAACCACCUAGGGUCAGAUUUGCGGAGAGCGUUUGUGUCAAUGGGGCACCUCUGUUUCCGCCAUCUGCAUUUUCUCUUGGAGACGUUUGCGUUCCACCGAUGGCUAACGUCCUCAAAGUUUUUCUGGAAAACGGCCAAACGAAAUCAUUCAAAUACGAUGCGUGGACAACCGUCCAAGACGUUGUCUCAUCUCUAGAAAGCAAAUUGUACCUGAAAGCUUCUGAACACUUCAGUCUUGUGGUAGAGCACAUAAAGUCUUUGAAGAGGAAUAAGUUGACAUUGUUAGAUCCGCAAGACACUUUAGCCAGGAUAGCGUCACGUCCAGGAGCCCACAAACUGCGCUGCCUCUUUAGAGUGUCCUUCGUACCUUCGUCUGCAGCGGCUUUAGCUCAAAAGGACCUCCAUGCCCUCGACUAUCUCUAUACUCAGUGCUGCAAUGACGUCGUUCAAGAACGGUUUGCGCCAGAACUUCAGCCUGAUACGGCCCUACGAUUGGCUGCAUUGCACGUAUACCAACACGCGAUGGCCAAUGGAGUACAGCAGGCUGCUAAGAUUACCGUCAAGGCAGUUGAACGUGAGUUCGGCCUGGAACGCUUCGUCCCUGGAUCCCUGUUGGAAGGCAUGAAGCGCAAAGAGGUACGCAAAGUUCUGGGCCAUUUCCUCAAACUUCACGCCACGAUGGCGUCAAGCGGUGGCAAGCAGCUGACGCAGCUUCAAGCGAAGCUGCACUAUCUGGACAUCGUAGCGCAGCUGCCCAGCUACGGCGCCAAAUGCUUCUCAGCUACAGCUACUGCUGGAUCAGGAGGAGAGAUUAUGGGAGAUACUGUGAUACUCGUCAGUCCCAAGUUUGGGAUUAGUCAGAUUACGGGGACCAGGAAUUCGGCAUUUCAGCCUAUUCCGAUUGCCUCGAUAGAAGACAUGGUUCGAAUAGAAGUGAAACAACUGGACGAAGUCAGUCGUAUGGUUAGAGUGCUAUUUCGAGACGAUAGACAUCUGGCUGUCACUUUGGAAGAAAGGGACGCUGGUGAGCUGGUAUUAGUUCUUGGAGGAUAUUACAAGGUUGCACUCAAGGGCGAAAGAGAGCUACCCAUUGAAUACGACAGCAGCUUGAUGCAGCUACAACAUAGAAUGGAAGAUUUGGCACCACCGUACUUAGCGCAACACAGGGUUGUACCAGAGAAAUGGAGUUAUAUUGCUCUGAACACCGUAAAGACUGCCUGUUUCGCCAUUCAACCCCCCUACCGUCCCAUCAACAAAAAAACCAACGGUCUCUACAACACAGUUGGUCGACAACCCACCCACGCCAGACCAACAUUGCACCACUUCAGCACCGACAACAACAUGAACAACAAUUUCGUUUCGAAUCGCAACCACCAGAUGGCAGCACAAGCAUCGAGUCGUCAGCAAAGGGGAUCGUAUGAUUUCCAGUCUGUUGUAUCUAUGGAGAUAUUGGAAAAUGAGACCGAUACUAAGAAUGAUGAGGUUUUGAGGCGUGUCCAAGAGAUGCAGCAACUAGUUCAAAACUCAGAACGCUACCUUAAUGAGCAAGAGCACUUACAGCAUCAGCAAAAUAGGUCAGGAUCCUCAGAAUGGCAGGAAACCAGUAUUGAUGUAGAAAGUGAUGGAGAUUGUGAACCUGGACAGUUGAAACACAGUGAUUCACUUUUGUUAUUGACGGGGAAAAAUCAUAAUGGAACACAGGAAUCUGAGGAUAUCAAAAACUCACUUUCGAAUAGCGUGGUGGAGCUAUUGAGACAGGAAAGUGCAGGGGCGUGUUCAGAAAGCGACAAUGAAUCAAUUUAUACACCGCACAGCUCUCCAGGACAUCGUACGAGACAGUUGCAGGAGGAUGAUACUAAAAUGCAUAGGAUUAGCUUUGGACUCAGAAGCCCAGACACAGGCCCCGAAUCAACUACAACAGAUGGCCAACCCCAACAGCACUCAACAACAGGUGCUGAGACUCCAACGUCAGCUGACUCUGUCGGGCCCGUUUACAUUUUUGACCCUGACAUCAUAGAUCUCACUCUGUUACCGCCACCUCAUACGCCAGAUUUGCUGGAACAUCCUACAAAUGUUGUUGAUGCCCAGCCACCGCGGUCUUUUGCUGAUAGUAUGGAGAGGCUUGAUCAUAUAGCUGGCGAUUCUGGCGAUCUAGAAGAAUUCCUAGCAAGUGUUACAGUGCCACCUCCCACUCAAAAAGUCACCCCCGCCGUGGAACUAACCCCUGAAGAAAUAAUGUCAUACAUUAUCCCCCCGCCACCCUCACAAGCCAGUCUGGAGAACCUCACGAAAGCAGGGGUGGAAGAAAAAGAUCGAGAAGAAGGAGAAACGAAGAUGGUAAAUGGAAGUCUGGAGGUUAAGGGGGAGAGGGAGAGAGUGAGAAGACAUAGUGAAUGUGGAGGGGAGAAGAAUAAUGUUAUAGAGUACGCUACUGUCGAUAGGAAAGGCCCCUUUUCAUGUUGCGGCAAACCAAAGCCCUCCCACUCCUCAUCACCGGUGUCUUCUAGCGACAUUGACGUUCGACCUCCGCCCAGACGCAGCUUGAACGAACGCCCACCAGACCGGCCACCCAAAAAUGGUCAAGCGAUGGCCGCCCAAAAUGGCCAAACGCUGACCGCUCCCUCACUGCCCGAAAGGCAAAGGUCGCACUCGCUGUCUGCCGUACCCCCAAGACCGGCUGCGCAAGCGCCACAGCAGCAGAAUGGAAAGGGGAAACAGGAUGGAAUGCCAUCCCACCUUUUUCUACCCCCUAAGAAACCCCCUUUGCCACCCGUACCCCCCUUGGAAGUUCUGCGCCAGAAGAAGACCCAUUUAGACGCUGUAAAUGACACCCCCUCAUUGCGUACAGCUGGAAUUGGUUCCCCCCAUUUGCAACGCACCAGGAUUCAAAGGCAGGACGUGGAACAAUUGGAGGCUGACCAAGUUUCUGGAGGGAAAGUGACUAGGAGUGGGAGUGUCAGAAGUAAUGGGAAAACUGCCAUCAGCACUCCUACGUCACCUUAUUUGGGUCGCGGUGGUGCUCCUCUGACCGCAGUUCCUGUUCAUUUAGACUCGCCGCCUCUCAGCAACGGUUGCGCAAUGGGAAAUCCUGCGCGAGAAACGCUGCUGACUCGCGCGGAUACCGCAGUCGCACGUCUAGCGGCGUCUUUAGAAAAGUCCGCUGCGCAGUGUGGAGCUGCGCAUAAAAGAGGAGGUGGACCCCUUAUAUCGGAAGAAAAAUUUCAGAGAGCCAAGGAAGAGCUAACCCAACAAUCUCUUCAACUAGUAACCUCAAGCAAAGUGCUGGUGGUAGCACUAUCAUCGUCGACUGAACCUGCUUCCGCCGCGCGAUCUGACGAUGCGACCAACGCUAGCAGCCUCUCCGAAAACCUGGCCGUUUGUGUAGCCUUAUUGCGACGUCUAUCGUCUCUUUGCGCAGAUAUGGCUGACCAUGCUACAGCGCCUUUGCAGACUAGAAACCUGAUUAUGAAGGUAUACGACGUGACGACUGCUUUCAGGCAGCUGUUAGCAGCUCCACCUGCUGGCGGGGUGGACUGGUCCUCAAAGUCAGCAGUUGAGGAGCACUUGACGGCACAAGCGGAAAGACUAGCAAACGUACUAGCUGCACUGUUGCGUACUCUCAGGGUAUUCUCUCCUUGAAAUACGGUAUCUGAAUGUUAUCGAAGGAAGAUAUGAAACAGUUGAAAUAUUUGCCAUCUGUAAAAAGAGUUCAUAAUUUGUUAUUCCAACACUUUUGAAAAGCUUGGAGUUCUCGUCCAGCUAAUGUGGAAGUGAAAAUGGCAACUGCUUGUCCAAAAAGUAUUUUUUAACAAAUCGUUACUUUGUUCACAUAAAAAGACGACUAUAAGCUUUUUUUACGAAAUUCGGAAUACUUUGUGUGGUUGCUAAUAUCCUUAAAAUGCAAACUAUACCUUUAUACCUACUUUGAUGAAGUUAUAAGAUCAAACGUUUGAAUGGUUGACGAAUCAUGUCAUUCCAAAAAUAAAUAGACUGUAUAAGAUCAAAAUAACCAUGAAAAAAAUCGUAACCAACAAGACUCAAGUAAGAAACUUAUGUAGGAGUGUUAGAAUCUUGUUUUACUGAAAAUGUAUUAUAUCCGGAUUUUUGAAAUUUUAUUAUGACUCCAGUAAUUAAUACUUAGUCAAAGAACCUUUCUUAUAGCCGUAAAUGUUAAUCAUUGUUUUGUGUUAUACAAAAAGCAAAAAAUAUAACUCAAUCUACGUUAAUUUUGCGUAGUACUACUAUAGGGCUGUCGUACAUUUGGCCACCGGUGUCAACGUCAGGAAAGCAACUAGUAGAGCAGCCACAAGUUGGGAUAGCAAAUUGAGUGUUCAAAUAGCCAAUUUCGAGCCACAAACCAAGGCAGCCGCUAAUUGUAAAUCCAAAGAGUGAUUAUAACUAGAGAAGACAGACAAGGCCACUAAAUUAAAGUCAGAUAGAGAGAGAUAGAGAUAACCAAGAUGUAACCAAGAACUUGGCGUCUAUCUCUGAUCUUUCUCAGGAUUUGUCAGAAGCCUGGCUACUGACUGGUAUCACUUUGGAUCACCCUUUAAAAGAAACAGUUUUGAUUUGGGGUCUGUCUUAUGGUAUCUACAAAUAUAUUACAGCUUUGUGUACUUACAUUUUCAUACUUCACAACUCUGAACAAAAGGUACAGGAUAUGUUUCAAAUAACAUAACAGGGACUUUAUUGAAUUAAAAUGGAUUGUUACAAAAAUGGCAUGCUGAAAGAUAUAAGGUUAAUUUAAAUUUGACCAAUCAGACAACGUCAUUUGUAAAUGAGCUGCCGCUGCCAUUUUUUGGGGGUGCGACAUGGUUGUCAUAUUGUGUACCAGCAACACUGCUUUGUUUCCCAGUCGCCCAUAUGAGUUUCACCCCCCUGGCUGAUGGCCUGUAAACACGUAUUUUGUUAGAGAUAAAUGCCGUGUUGCCAGGUGGAUAAUUCUUUUUGGAUGAACUUAAGGCCGUAUCUUUAGUGGUUCCUACAAUUGUAGUACACCUUCAUGGUCUCCUUGAUUUUCAUAGUUUUCUACUGUACUGUGCCAGCGCUCUAUUUUGAGAUUAUGUUACAAAUAUCUAUUUGCAUCAAAUUGUUCAUGCUAUUGAUUUAUAUCAUCUGUUAUAUCAGCCUGAAAUUCAAAAAGAAUCUUACAAUAGCGCUGACGCUGACACGGAACAGUAGAUAUCUAAUAAUACUUCAGUCUUUUUCUGAAGGAGGGAAAAGGGUAUCAAAAUCAAGGAGGCCAUAAAGGCGUCCUUCAAUUCUAGGUACGACUGACGAUACGGGCCUCAUUGUCCAUCACUCGUAAUGGAAGCAUCUUUUGUUCAAAUCUACUUUUGUUUCGACAUUAAUUCAUGGUGAGGAUAUUUACCAUACAGUUGCAGCCUAGGGAAUAUAUUUUUCUUUCAAUAAAGUUUUAAAUAACAGUUUCCACGAAUGCUCUUGGCAUCAUGAAAAUAUAUAAGUUACCCUGAAAACAUAAUAAAAAGAAAUGUCAGUUUGAAAAUCUUUUUUUUUCAGCCUAAAACUGACAUAAUUGUUAUCUAGACAGCCUGGCAUUAAAACGAUAUAUUCACUUAUUACGUAUGUCUUUUAGACACAACCACCACAAAUCGGAAAAGAACUGAACUCAGCUCAGUAUAAGUUUUGUAAACAUUUUGCAAGCUUGGCAACACCGCCUCGGUCAUUUAUGAGCGAAAUUCGUGUAUUAUUGACACAAUGUCAAACUAUCUAUGAGCGAAUCGUCAUACCAAACCAGCAAUAGCUCAAGAACCGACAGCAAAUUUUUGGCUACACCAUCGUGUUCUGAUAUGAUACGAUUAAAACUGGUCAAAUCUUGAGUAUUUUGAUAACUAAAUAUCGAAAUGUCUUCUCUUGAUAUAACUACUCUUUGGUGCCACCGUGGCUAGCCCGAUAAACUGUAAAAAAAGUCCGUAUGUAUCGCAGAGGUAGCGAUAGUUGAUCAGACAAAAACUUUUGAUUAUAUAUUUUUGUGAAUUUACAUCCUUGUCAAAGCUGCACACUCACCAUAAAAUUAAAUACGAAGAUCGGGUGAAAUGUUCUCGGCCUGACAAAGAAAUGACGUUCCAGUCAGCCAAUAACUCAUAAUUCCUUGUUGGAUGUCCAUGUAACUUGUUUGAUAAGCUUCAACUUAUUCUCAAGUAGUUUAUUCACACGAUUUAUUUAUCGUGCACGCCUUGCGUGGUGUCCAUCAAGAUGGAUAAAAUUGAAUUACGUGCUAUUGUCAAAUUCCUCAUGUUGGAAGAAUUAUAUCACAAAAUGCAAGUUCAGAGUUAUUUAGGAAAAUGUUAUUUGAUUUGAUAUAUUUUCCUUUAGUUUAUGGUUCUGACUCAAAUCAGAAAAUAUUGAAUUAGUCUUGGGAUACUGAAAAAUUAUUAGUUUCUUAGAAAAAGUGCAAAAAGAUGUACAUUAACUGAAAAUUAAACUGAGGUAGAAUAAUAGAUACGUGGAAAGAAGCGUCAACUACUUUAUUAUUUGAAACAUAAUAUUAACAAAGUGUACAAUAUUAAAAGAUACGCGUUCAAAGUGUAAUUAUUUUCUUCUUUGGAUUUGGUAAGUUCAGUUGUUCUUCUCCUUCGUAAUACCAUCAGUAUUCCUUAUCUACAAACUUUAUUUGAUUAUUGAGAUUGUUUUAGCUUUUCUAUAGUUAAACCUCCAAACUUUUCUGUUAUCUUUAUUGGCAGAAAUUUAGGGCGGUCCCGGUUUUUUACAUUUUAGUUCUCAAAUCAACCUUUAGGGAUGGCGUGUAUUUUUUUACGCCGACGCUGCCACACAGGCAGUAGCCUAAAUGCCUGGGCUGCUAUGAGGAGCUUCAGGAUAUCCUGUUAAUCCAAUUUUUGGACUGCUUGAGGUUAGGAGAACUGGGAAAAGUCUCCUUAUGUAGAUUGUUCCACACUAUCGAUACUCUAGGGGCAGAGGAGCGGUCGUAUCGGUCAGCUAUGAUGUAUGAACUUAGACACGGUUAAGGUGCACACACGGUUAAGCGGGUCUGAUUGGCAGGCACAUGGUGAGGCGGCAUCACAGAGGAGAUCUUGGAUGAGCAAAGCCUGUUGGGUAUAGCGGUUGAAGAGAGCUAGGUCGUUGACGGCCCGCCGGUGCGAAAGGGUCCCGAGACUGUCCAUUAGAUAAGAGUCAUCGAUCAGUUGGAUAGCCCUCUUCUGAACAACAUCGAGCAUGGAUAGUGUACUUGGGGCUACACCACCCCAGACGUGUGAGCAGUAUUCGGCGCUAGGUCUUACCUGGGAAUUGUACAUAGUGAGAAGGUCGUGUGGAGAAAAUCACUUCUUAGCCUCGCUUUUUCCCAGUAGCUGGCGAUAUAGGUCAGAUGUGUUUGUGCCAGAUUAAGUUCUCGGUAAUCUGAACUCCGAUCAGCCGAUAUGAACGGUUCUUUGAUAGAACUCGGCAAUCCAUCGAAACCGAAUGAGCGAUAGGGCGUUUCUGUCUUUUGGAAGCAUUACACUCUACCAGAUUGUUGCGUCCCCAAGCAGUGAUAACCUCCAGGACUCUCGUCAGAGAUGAAGUCGCUGCUAGUCUUUUUCUCUCCAGCUCGCUGGCAGAAAUCGGCUUGUAGCUUAACUUUCAGCAGUACAACUUGAUACGUGUUUGACACCGACUAGACUCUCAAAACAUAACCUCAAAGGUGGUAUGUCAUCAGCAACUAACAUAUCCAUAUACCCUAUUUCACGAGUAUACAUCAUGCUUUGACGUCUACUCGUGAAAUAGGGUAUAGAUACUUGUAGUUGAUAGAGGUAGUAUGUCUCUUAUCAGUUUAAUAUAGCUCUUUUAUCAACUGAAAUAAUAGCAGAACUCAGCGCCAAAAUAGUGGAACCAACACGGCCGAACACUAUUCCUCCUCUUCUUUGAUUAAGUAGGUUUGAGGGGAGAGAAAUGUUUCGUAGAUUAUUUUUUGUCAGAACAACGUACUUUUCACAAACAUGUGUUAGCAAUUGGAAAUCUGGGAGAUUUGAGUUAUGUUUUGCAAGACUAUUACUCGUAUUUUCAUGAUUUGACACUUUCAGACUUCCGACUAUUCCCUUUGGAGAUAUUUCUUUCUGACAAGCGCUUCUGGUUCGAUGAAGACGUUGAGAACGUCGUAGAUGAAUAUAUAUUAUGUUGAAAAAUAAAAUAAUUUUUUAACUGAAAAACGUCUUUCAUUGUCGGUCUAAGGAUUUUUCAAAUUACACUCGUAAAAGGGUUAUUGUCUGCUCUGCCAUCGAUAUAUUUUUGAUUUAGCCUCAACUGGUGUCGACUUCUGUUGGCUUAAGCGUGCGGAAACUUUUAGACAUGGUGUACGUCCAAUGAAUAUUGGAUGAGUAUCUACUUUUUUUUUAGUUUGCAAUGACUAUUAACCCUUAAAGAAAGUAUAACAAAGUAGUUAUUAAAUUAAUACAUUUGUUGAAUAGAUGUAUAUGUAUCCAAAGGUAUUUAAUGCUAGAGAAAAAUAAAAAGUAGUAUUUUUACUGUUUUUCUAGUCAUUUUGUUUUAUAAUCUUUAAGUUUUAUGAUUUUUUUUCUAGGAUUAAUAUGUGACCAAAUAAUAAGAAUAUACAUGUAAGAUAAGUCUGAAUAAUUGUUGAAUACUCCUUAAACAUGUGAUAUAUUAUAAUUGUUUUAGUCGUAUUUAUACAUAUAAGAAUAUAGGUGUGUAACGAACAUAUAUACAGAAAAUAUUUAAAACAUAAUGGUCCAGUAACUUUUCCGAAGUAUUUAUUCCAAAUAUUUAUAGUGCAAUACUUUCCAGAUGCAGUUUAAAAAAUCUACAGGCCAAAAGUCAGGUAAAUGUUUAGGGGGCAUUUUGAAUUUUGAGAUAGAGGCUUUUGAUAUCGUGAAUGAAAAACUAAACAAUUAAUUUUCCACGAAAGCCGUAUGUCAGCGAAAAGAACGUCAAGAGACCAGAUCUACUUGAAAGCAAUUGAAAAUUAUAAAAGCAAUAUUUGUUACGGAAAGAAAACAAUGGCGAGCCUUAUUUUACCCAUUUUACCGUAUUUCAAAAUACCUAAAGUAUACAAUAAACAACAAUGGCGUGAAGUAGGUUGACUCUGCACUUCCCACGCAACGCUGUCAUCAGUUCAUAGAGGAUCAUGUUCGGUACAAGUUAGAUCCUAUGAGAAAAAGUUAGCAACGAACAUGAAAAACGGAUCAAGUCAGUCAAACAGGUCCAUACAAUUAGUACACGGACUUUUUUCCUAUCCUACCGGUGGUACCGCCCAUCUGGCAACGUCGCCCUUCCGCCAUACCUUACCGUUCUAUGUAUCCACUCUUCAGACUCGGCAGCUUAGUAGUGACACAACGAUAUUCAAAGGGGAGGCUAUAUCGCCGGUCAAGACUGAGAGAGAAGCGUUUCGAAGAUGCUUGAGUGAUUUUUAUUAUUUCAAGUUUGUGCCUCCAGCUCCGCCGCCACAAGAUCGAUUUUCAAAAACUAAAAAGGUUAUUCGUCGUUCGUCCGAGUAGUAGAAGGAUUAGCGUCCCUUAAAAUGUUUGCCUAGCUUUUGGAACACCCUGUAUAUAUUAUGCCUAGGUGCUUCACUUGAAAAUAGUGGAUGAUUUCUUGAUUGAUCAGUUCGAUAGUUGAUGUUCUGCUACUGUUUCAGAAAAAGUUGUAAGGACAUUUUAAGAAACGAAUAUGAUAUAUCAUCGCGUCAUUGGUAUUAAGAUGAAAAACGAAUUUCGAGCUUCGUAACUAUACUGCAGCUUUUCCAACUAUAUGAUGCUUGUUAAGGGAUUGAGUGUGGAUUUGAAAGUAUAAGACUGAUGCUUUAGUGUAGAUAAUUAGUUGUGACUUUAGAUGAGGUGCUAUACUGACCAUAUGAGAUACUAAGGAGUGUUUGCAUUGGUAUUUGAUUUUAUAUAGUAAAAUUGCCAUAUCUGCUUGCUUUUUAAUUCCUUAACACUUAAAGACAUUUUUUGAACUGGUGGUGUUUUUUGGAAAUGUUCUAAAUAAAUGGACUUCGGUCAUUAUAUUACGUAUUGACUUUAACAGAUAUUCAUAUUAUAUUUGAAAAUCUGCAUUUUUGCAUAGAAACAAAUCGUUUUUCGUUAUUACAUAUGAUUUAUACAAGGAGUACCAUCUUAAAGUUACUGGACUAUAAAAAUUUUGUGAACCUUUUAAAAACAUAACAUUUCUGGAGUUUUGUUUCCAGAACAAAAUAAAAAAAACUGUUUUACUUGUUGAAUAUGCUUUCGUUUUAUUUUAAAAAAAUAAGUUUGGAAUCAAUUUGUAGAAAAAAACUGUUUUACUUGUUGAAUAUGCUUUCGUUUUAUUUUAAAAAAAUAAGUUUGGAAUCAAUUUGUAGAAAAUGUUGAAUUUCGUUGUAGGUGUUGUCCAACUUUUCCACAAAUUCUGGUAUCUAUUGUUGGAAUUUGUUGAACUUGGCAUUUUUGAACGCGGGAUGCCCCAGAUACAAGUCAUUUUUGCUUUGGUCCAACAUGGCUGCUACUUAUCAUUUUUAACUAAAAUACAUUCUGUGACAUUACUUCUGUAGGAUUACUGAUUUUGUAAUAAUUUUGAUUCUGUGCCAUUGUUGGUCAAGGAAAACACAAAUUCGAUUGAGAGUCGAUCUUUAGGAAUAACAAUUAUCAAUAUUUAAGACAUAUAUUUUUCGUCUAUUCAUCGAUUUUAGUAAUGUUACAAUGCAGUCAUGUUAGAGAGACCAAUGCAAUCACAAAUAAGAGGCAUUCUGUGUUUUUAAAAAUCUUAAGAAUAUGAUUGCACAUAAGUUCCGAAAUCAUGGAAAAAUCAAAAUGUAACUUAUAUACACGUGAUUCCAAUAGGAAUAUCUGAAUACCGACUAUUUGUUAAAAUAAUUAUACAAUGUAUUAUGUAUAGCGCCCAAAGUAUAAAGUGGCUAGUCAAGGAACCAUGUACAAUAAUCCAAAAAAUGAACGAACAUUUAAAAAAGUUACCUUCGUUUCAGUUUUUUCUCAUUUUUGAUGUUUAAGGAGAAAUGUCAUCUUUGUGCAACACAAAAUUAUUAAAAUUAGCAUAAUUGACUAUAUUUUCAAAAUUAACAUGCGGAUAUUUUAGGGCUUUUUGUAACACAUACCAUCGCUACGUUUUGUCAUAUUUUUUAGCUAAAUUGCUAUUAUUUUUCAUACUGUUUGCAGCUGAGACCCCAGUGAAAUUUGUUUUGUAAAGAUCAAGGGCUAAGAGUAAUUUGAGCUGAGUUUUGCAUAUUGAGAUUGAAUAUGCAUUCAUCUGCAUUACACCAAGUAAAAUUUAACCUUCGUAGUUUUUUGUAUACAGAAAACUUAAGUGCAUCAUAGCACUGAAUGCUAGGAUUUUUGCCUCAAAUAUAUUUACGGUAUGGAUACAAUUUCUGUCACAUACAAUUAUUGUUCAGUUUAUUUAUGAGUUGUACAAAGAUG